GCUGCAGGUUUAUAUACAGGUGACCACCUCCCGAUUUAGCAACAAAUUAAUCACUUAAUUUGGAAGAUGGCCACCUUCUGCACAAGUUUUUUUUUAAUUAUUCCUGGCAGAGGAUGUGUACUCAACCUCGCCUCUGCCAGAACACAUUUAAAAUAAAAACAAAACAAUAACAAAACACACGCUGCACUUUGCCAUCAUAUAUAAAUACAAUAAUAAAUCAUAAAAUGGGAGACCCCAUUCUAAAAAUAAAUAAACAAUAAAUAAACAAUAUAGUUAUACAGCAGGGCUUUCUACCACCCUGCUACAAAUGUAUUUAAUACCAGAAGACAAAAAACAGGUUAAAGGGAAAUAUUUGCACAGCCCUUGUCUAUAAGCUCUCUCAAGGGGCUUGUAUCAUGGAGUAACUUAUCCCGUUUUAACUCAGUGUUUAAUCAAAACAGCAGAAACACAGAUUGAUUGUUGAUCUCCUAAGAAGUAAAAGAAAAUGACAGAUUCUUUGUGUCUCGCAGGGGACCCCUAUCCAGCCUCGCCAUGGCCACUGUGGGGAAUGAGACGCUGGAGAUGGCUGCUCUCGGACGACCCUUCCAGCUGGGAAUGCUGUAUGACUGCCAGAAGGAUCGCCUCAUUCCAGCAGGAGAUAAACAAAACACCCAGAGAAGAACAAUAAAGGACUCUAUACCAUGGCUGCAAACCGUGUCAGUUUAAUGAGGAUCGUGCUGGUUGGGAAGACUGGAGUCGGCAAGAGUGCAGCAGGAAAUGUCAUCCUGAGAGAGAAACGCUUCUUCAAAACCGCUUUCAGAGACUCCUCUGUAACAAAGUGCUGUUUAAAUGGAGUAGCUGAAUAUUCUGGGAGACGCAUUACUGUGGUCGACACGCCAGGUUUGUUUGACACAGAGCUGAGCAACAAUGAAGUUACUAAAGAGAUUGUGAAAUGCAUUGAGAUGUCUGCCCCGGGACCCCACGCUUUCUUCCUGGUGAUUAGGCUGGGUCGUUUCACUGAGGAAGAGAAGGAAACCGUCAAAAUAAUCCAGAAGGUUUUUGGUGAAGAAGCUCGGAAGUACAUGAUGGUGUUUUUCACUCACGGGGAUGAUCUGGAUGAAGAUCAAACAAUUGAGGAUUUUGUUAACAAUGCCGGCAAGGACCUCAAGCAGCUGGUUGAGUCCUGUGGUAACAGGUACCAUGUGAUUGAUGGAAGAAACACGAAGGAUCAGGAUCAGAUCGAACAACUCCUGAAGAAAGUAGACGCCAUGGUGAUGGAAAGUGGUGGCGAUUUCUUUUCCAACGAGUUGUUCAAGAUGAUGGAGAAAAUAAUCCAGGAUGAAAAGAGAUUGCAAGAGCAGCAUAAAGUUGAGGCGGAACUUCGAAGAGAAAUAAAGAAAUUGAGGGAAGAGAAUUCUAAACUUAUUCAAGAAAAGCUAAGGAAACCCGACUGCUGUAUAUUAUAGUGUGUAAUUUAAAGGAAUGAAAUGGCCUUUCUCACUCUUACACAACUCUUAUACAGUCCUCAUCUUAAUAUAAAUCAAUAGCAACAUAUUAUUUGAACAGUUAGAAGGUAGGCACAAUGUGCUCACAUUUCUGUUAAAAUGCCUUAAUUCAACAGACUUAUAAUUUUGUUAACAAAAGUGAAGCCUUACAGA